ACAAACAACGACCGGACUAAAACGGGCAACGAAAAAACAAUGCCCUACAAACAGGGCGACGUCUCGUACACGAUCUGCCUGAAAUACGUGCUUCUCAUCCUCCUCAUCCUGUGCAUGAACUGAACCGCCACCCCACCGUCUAAAAGCCCGGGAAAAAUCGAUACGCAGCAUCCCUCUCAUCCCUUGCGGAACGCAUUCGGCAGCGGGAAUGUGAGCGUGACGGUCCGCUCUCGCCCUCGAGGCGGCUUGUUACCAUCUCGAGGCCGGCAACAUGUUCAGGGGGUGGAUUUAUUGUUAUCUGUGGUACACGAGCAUUUUCGCAGGGUAUGCACUGCUUUACUGCCCGAUAGUACCUCUUUUGUUUGUGUCUAAUAAACUCUAUCGAUACGCCACUGAUGUCCUGUUUACGUUUUGGCAGUUUUAUCCCACUGCGCUGCUGGAGUUCUUGUGCGGCUGCACGAUCCAGGUCAGCGGCGACCCGAUCGUGGCCGGCGAGAUGAGCCUCAUCGUGAUGAACCACCGCACCCGCACCGACUGGAACUUCCUCUGGCCCACCGUAUAUCACUGCGUGCAAGGACCCGGCCGUUUCAUGCACUCCACCAAGUUCGUGCUGAAGGAAGUCAUCAGACACAUCCCGGGACCUGGUUGGGUGAUGCAGCUGGCCUGCUUCGUUUACAUCAGGAGGAACUGGCGCGAUGACUUGAAGACGUUCACCAAGUACCUGACGUACAUCUCCGAUCUGGGGUACAAGUUUAGUUUGAUAUUGUUCCCGGAGGGGACGGAUUUCACGCCGACGACGAAGGGGAACAGCGACAGGUUCGCCGAGAAGAACGGGUUGGUUAAGUACGACUACGUUUUGCAUCCCAGAACGACGGGGUUCACUUACAUAGCAUCUCAACUGCUGAAGACUCGAAGUUUGGAUGCUGUGUAUGAUGUUACCAUUAUUUAUCCCGACUCUGUACCCCAGAAUGAGAAGAUGUUGUUCAAUGGAGUGUUCCCUAAGCAAGUCUACGUUCAUUUCGUCAGGUACUCCAGUUCGGUGCUGCCCAACGAUGAGGCGGAUCUCAAGGAGUUCUUGGAGAAGCGCUGGUCGGACAAGGAGAGGACGAUAAAGGAGUUCAAGAUGACGGGCCAGUUUCUGCACGGGCAAAUCCUGAGAAACAACAACAAAUGGGAGCUGUACUUCGCCCUCGUUUUCUGGACACUUCUGCCAUAUUUGGCGCUGACACUCUUCAUAUUGGUGCCGCACUUCCGCGAUCUCGUCAUCUAUCAUUCCUUGGCAAUGGUUCUGGUGAAUUUCAUUGCUGACGGCUUCCAAAUGUUCGAGAUCGCGUUGUACAAUAUGAAAAAGUGUCUGUACCGACACGGUGACUCACAACACCUCUAAUUUGUGUCCCAAUAAAUCCCCAAUUAAAUCCUGACUUGAAAUAGUUUAAAUGGACAUAAAAGUGAGUGAAUCUUGAGGUGGAAUCUUCGGGUUCGGACGGCUAAGUUAAUUUGUCACUUUCUCGUCAGCAUCUGACGCAGAAUUGCUGGCUGGUUUUAAAUUUAGUUGCGGGAAUACGCGUCUUUUGAUCAUUCAGACAAAGAUGGCGUGUCCUGUUUCGGUGAAUUCCCGUGCCAAAUGAACGGCGUCAGCUCGAACUAAUUAGGUAAAUUGGGUUCGAGUUUUCGUUCGUCGUAUUAUUUAUGUAAUCCUAAUAAAAAUUACGAAUUAAAACGCUGCAGCUUCA